AUGAAUGAGUCCACCGUCUCCGGCGACUCUUCUUCCGGCAAUCAAACAUACCCUAAGAACCCACCUCUCAGAAAGAAGCGCAAUCUCCCAGGAAUGCCAGAUCCUGAUGCGGAAGUGAUUGCUCUAUCGCCCAAAACCCUGCUGGCCACGAACCGAUUCGUGUGCGAAAUCUGCAACAAGGGUUUCCAGCGGGACCAGAACCUGCAGCUCCACCGGCGAGGCCACAACCUGCCGUGGAAGCUCCGGCAGAGGUCCAGCAAGGACGUCAAGAAAAGGGUUUACAUCUGCCCCGAGCCCGGCUGCGUCCACCACGAUCCGGCCCGGGCCCUUGGUGACCUGACGGGGAUCAAGAAGCACUUUUGCCGGAAGCACGGGGAGAAAAAGUGGAAAUGCGAAAAGUGCUCCAAGAAAUACGCCGUUCAGUCCGACUGGAAAGCCCAUUCCAAGAUUUGUGGAACCCGAGAGUAUAGAUGCGAUUGUGGAACUCUGUUUUCUAGGAGGGAUAGUUUUAUUACACACAGGGCGUUUUGUGAUGCCUUAGCAGAGGAAAGCGCGAAAACCGCCCGGACAACUGAGGUCCCUUUGAUUCCUGAAGAGGAUGAAGAAGAUAAGAGUAAAACUGUUGAGGCUCUUAAGUUGUCUCCACCUCCGGCUGCCACAUCUCCACCAUUGCCGCCGGAAGAAGCUCCGGCCCCUCCAGUUCCGGUGGUGAACUCUGUUUUGCCUGUUAUGUGUCCAGAAUUGCCUAAAACGACCUGCCCAAAUCCGCCAACUGCACCAACUCUCUCAGACAUCCCUUCCAUUGCAGACAUAAAACCGAGCUGCGGCAGCACCAGUUCUUGCAGCAGCAGUGCGAUUUCCAGCAGCAACGUGUUGGCCACCAUUUUUGCUCCACCCACAUCUUCCGGAAGCUUCCAUUCUUCUCAGCCUACUGGUUUCACUGAAAUGUUCCAGCCCGAUGUCCAGCCGCCCGAGCCUGUAUCCCUCUGCCUCGCCACGAAUCAGGGUUCUUCAAUCUUUGAGCGCCGGCAGUACGCACCUGCCUUGUCAGCAACUGCAUUGCUGCAGAAGGCCGCUCAGAUGGGCCCAAAAUCAAACUCGUCCCUCCUUAUGGGCCUCGGUGUGGUUUCAAGCUCCUCAGGCCCAGACGGGCCCUGUGGGCAACAGCUUGAGUCCAAUGGGGUGUCGCUGGCAGGUGGGCUCAGUUUGGGGUUGACUCGUGAAGGCGGGUCGGGCUUGAAAGAGCUGAUGAUGGGGACCCCUUCUUCGGUGUUUGGGCCCGAACGAGCCACCUUAGACCUAUUUGGGUUGGGGAUGGCGGCAGCUGGUAGCGGCUCGGGCAGUGGGCUGUCAGCUUUGAUGACAUCCAUUGAUGUUGCUCGGUCGUUUGGUGGUGGGGAAUAUAGUGGCCAAGACAUGGGUAGGGGCUCGUGA